GGGCGUAGAAGUGAACGCAGCAACCAACAAUGGCAAGCCCUUCUUCCUCGCCUACUUUUAUAAACGUUUGUGAUAAAGAGCUAAGCAUCAAUGACUUUUAUGAUGUUUAUGAUAAAGUCAGACCACUCUCAGCUCAUUGGGAACAGAUUGCUAUUUCAUUGCGUCUCAGAAUAGAUACUAUCAACAGCAUAGAAGCUAACUUUAGUGGAAAAGAUCUGUCAUGUCUGCGUAAAGUUUUUGAAUACUGGUUAAAGAAAGAUUAUGAUUACAAGACUAAUGGUAUUCCUUGUUGGAGGAGAGUGUGUGUAGCUGUUAAAGAAGGAGGAGGUGAUCCAGCAUUAGCUGAUGAAAUAGCUCGUGAACAUCCUCUACCAGCUAUGCCACCUGCAGGAUCAACUAGUUCAAAAAAAAAAAGUGCAACUCCUGAAACAGAUGAAGUAGCUAUGUCACCAGCAAGCACUGACAGAGCAACAGAUAAUUUGGUGUAUGUUUCUACUCCUGAAAAGAGCCGCAUCCUUUUCAAUAAACUGCGGGAUAUACAGGAAGAGUUUGAUGAGGCAAUUAGAAUAACGAUGGAUUCUUUUAAAACAAGACAUCUUCCUAAAAUUAUAACUUAUCUACAAGUACACGUAAUGUCAUUACUUGGUCCUAUAAAGAUACAAAAAACAACAGCUGAAGCAGUUAGAGAAGAGUUUGAACAUGUAAAAACACUACCAAAAUUAUUUUUUAUUCUUCAAGACAAAUACAUAUCAUGGUUCAACUAUAAACUAAUGAUAAAACUUGUCGGAGUAUUUCUACCUGAAAAUCGUUCGCUGAAGAGAACUUGGUUGUCAUAUGAAGAGAAGUUAAAGGAUUAUUUUAUAAACAGUGGUGGACUAUUGAAAGAUGCUGAUGCUGUACAGUUUGGUAUAACAGACAUUCCUCCUGGUACACGAGUAAUGAUUGCUAAAGUAGACAGAGAUGACUACACACUGGAUGACCUUUUCUUCUUUCGUAGAGCAAUACCAAAAGGUUUGGAUAUUCCUGAAUAUGAUCUUCACUUCAGAUCUGUCCACCUGAGUUCUCUCUGUUUGGGUUACCUCAUUCCUGAGUAUCUUUAUUCUUUAUUAUUUCCUCUAACUACAAAGCUACAACAACAGUUAGCUAGUAUUGGUAUCACUGAACUAACAUGUGGUGAAGAUAAAUAUGAUCUAAGAGAGUUCUCAAUAGAAGAGGUUAAGCACUCAUCCACUGAUAUUGGUAAGUACAUGAACUGACCUUUAGUCAA